AUGGUUGAUUUGGAGAGCGAAGUGCCCCCUCUGCCUCCCAGGUACAGGUUUCGGGAUUUGCUGCUAGGGGACCAAGGAUGGCAGAACGACGACAGGGUGCAAGUUGAAUUUUAUAUGAAUGAAAACACAUUUAAAGAGAGACUAAAGUUAUUUUUUAUCAAAAACCAGAGAUCAAGUCUAAGAAUACGUCUGUUCAAUUUUUCUCUCAAAUUAUUAAGCUGCUUUUUGUACAUAAUCCGAGUGCUACUAGAAAACCCUUCACAAGGAAAUGAAUGGUCUCAUAUCUUUUGGGUGAACAGAAGUCUACCUUUAUGGGGCUUACAGGUUUCAGUGGCAUUGAUAAGUCUCUUUGAAACAAUACUACUUGGUUAUCUCAGUUAUAAGGGAAACAUCUGGGAACAGAUUUUACGAAUACCCUUCAUCUUGGAAGUAAUUAAUGCGGUUCCCUUCAUUAUCUCAAUAUUCUGGCCUUCCUUAAGAAAUCUAUUUGUCCCAGUCUUUCUAAACUGUUGGCUUGCCAAACAUGCCUUGGAAAAUAUGAUUAAUGAUCUACACAGAGCCAUUCAGCGUACACAGUCUGCAAUGUUUAAUCAAGUUUUGAUUUUAAUAUCUACAUUACUAUGCCUUAUCUUCACCUGCAUUUGUGGAAUCCAACAUCUGGAACGAAUAGGAAAGAAGCUGAAUCUCUUUGACUCCCUUUAUUUCUGCAUUGUGACGUUUUCUACUGUGGGCUUUGGGGAUGUCACUCCAGAAACAUGGUCGUCCAAGCUUUUCGUUGUUGCCAUGAUCUGUGUUGCUCUCGUGGUUCUCCCCAUACAGUUUGAACAGCUGGCCUAUUUGUGGAUGGAGAGACAAAAGUCAGGUGGAAACUAUAGUCGACACAGAGCUCAAACUGAAAAGCACGUUGUUCUGUGUGUCAGCUCACUGAAGAUUGACUUACUCAUGGACUUUUUGAAUGAAUUCUAUGCUCAUCCAAGACUCCAGGAUUAUUAUGUGGUGAUUUUGUGUCCUACUGAAAUGGAUGUGCAGGUCCGAAGGGUCCUACAGAUUCCGAUGUGGUCACAAAGAGUCAUCUACCUUCAAGGUUCAGCCCUUAAAGAUCAGGAUCUGUUGCGAGCAAAGAUGGAUGAUGCUGAGGCCUGUUUUAUUCUGAGCAGCCGUUGUGAAGUAGAUAGGACAUCCUCUGACCACCAAACAAUUUUGAGAGCAUGGGCUGUAAAAGAUUUUGCUCCAAAUUGCCCUUUGUAUGUCCAGAUCUUAAAGCCUGAAAAUAAAUUCCAUAUCAAAUUUGCUGAUCAUGUUGUUUGUGAAGAAGAGUUUAAAUACGCCAUGUUAGCUUUAAACUGUAUAUGCCCAGCAACAUCUACACUUAUUACACUACUGGUUCAUACCUCUAGAGGGCAAGAAGGCCAGCAAUCGCCAGAACAAUGGCAGAAGAUGUACGGCAGAUGCUCUGGGAAUGAAGUGUACCACAUCGUUUUGGAAGAAAGUACAUUUUUUGCUGAAUAUGAAGGAAAGAGCUUCACCUAUGCUUCUUUCCAUGCACACAAAAAGUUUGGUGUCUGCUUGAUUGGUAUUAGGAGGGAGGAUAAUAAAAACAUUUUGCUGAAUCCAGGUCCUCGAUAUAUUAUGAGUGCUACAGAUAUAUGUUUCUAUAUUAAUAUUACCAAAGAAGAGAAUUCAGCAUUUAAAAACCACGACCAUCAGAAAAAAAGCAAUGUAUCAAGGUCAUUUUAUCAUGGACCAUCUAGAUUACCUGUACAUAGCAUAAUUGCCAGCAUGGGUACUGUGGCCAUAGACUUGCAAGACACAAGCUGUAGGUCAGCAAGUGGCCCUACCCUGUCUCUUCCUUCAGAAGGAAACAAAGAAGUCAGAAGACCCAGCAUUGCUCCCGUUUUAGAGGUUGCAGAUACGUCAUCACUUCAAACAUGUGAUCUUCUAAGUGAUCAAUCAGAAGAUGAAACUACACCAGAUGAAGAAAUGUCCUCAAAUGUGGAAUAUGCUAAAGGCUACCCACCUUACUCUCCAUAUAUAGGAAGUUCACCCACUUUUUGUCAUCUCCUUCAUGAAAAAGUGCCAUUUUGCUGCUUAAGACUAGACAAGAGUUGCCAGCAUAACUACUAUGAGGACGCAAAAGCCUAUGGAUUCAAAAAUAAGCUAAUUAUAGUUGCAGCUGAAACAGCUGGAAAUGGAUUGUAUAAUUUUAUUGUUCCUCUCAGGGCAUAUUAUAGACCAAAGAAAGAACUUAAUCCCGUAAUACUGCUAUUGGAUAACCCGCCAGAUAUGCAUUUUCUGGAUGCAAUCUGUUGGUUUCCAAUGGUUUACUACAUGGUGGGCUCUAUUGACAAUCUAGACGAUUUACUCAGGUGUGGAGUGACUUUCGCUGCCAACAUGGUGGUUGUGGACAAAGAAAGCACCAUGAGUGCCGAGGAAGACUACAUGGCAGAUGCCAAAACGAUUGUAAACGUGCAGACCCUUUUCAGGUUGUUCUCCAGUCUCAGUAUUAUCACAGAGCUCACCCACCCAGCCAACAUGAGAUUCAUGCAAUUCAGAGCCAAAGACUGUUACUCCCUUGCUCUUUCCAAGCUCGAAAAGAAAGAAAGAGAGCGAGGUUCUAAUUUGGCCUUUAUGUUCCGACUGCCUUUUGCUGCCGGGAGGGUGUUCAGUAUCAGCAUGUUGGACACGCUUCUUUACCAGUCAUUUGUGAAGGACUACAUGAUUUCUAUCACCAGACUUCUGUUGGGAUUGGACACUACACCAGGAUCGGGGUUUCUUUGCUCUAUGAAAAUCACCGAGGAUGACUUAUGGAUCAGGACUUAUGCCAGACUGUAUCAGAAGUUAUGUUCUUCUACUGGAGAUGUUCCCAUUGGAAUCUACAGGACUGAAUCUCAAAAACUUACUACAUCUGAGUGUCGAGAAAUAGCAUCACAAUCUCAAAUAUCCAUCAGUGUGGAAGAGUGGGAAGACACCAAAGAUGCCAAAGAGCAAGGUCACCACCGAAGUAACCACCGCAACUCAACAUCCAGUGACCAGUCCGACCAUCCCCUGCUAAGGAGGAAGAGCAUGCAGUGGGCCCGAAGACUGAGCAGAAAAGGUCCCAAACACUCCGGUAAAACAGCUGAGAAAAUAACCCAGCAGCGCCUGAACCUCUACAGGAGGUCAGAAAGACAAGAGCUUGCUGAACUUGUGAAAAAUAGAAUGAAACACUUGGGUCUUUCUACAGUGGGAUAUGAUGAAAUGAACGAUCAUCAAAGUACCCUCUCCUACAUCCUGAUAAACCCAUCUCCAGAUACCAGACUAGAGCUGAAUGAUGUUGUAUACUUAAUCCGACCCGAUCCACUGGCCUACCUACCAAAUGGUGAACCCAGUCGAAAAAACAGCAUCUGCAACACCACAGGCCAAGAUUCUCGGGAGGAAACUCAGCUUUGAUAAAAAAGAAAAUAAGAGAUUUUUUCUCCUACAAGGAUCUUGCUUGAAACAACUCUAAAUCUUAGAAAAACAAGAGUGUUGCUGGCAUGAAAUAAACUAGAUUGGAGUAUAUCCAAUUCUCUCAUAUUAAAAAAAAAUCUAUUCUCCUAGAAGUUUAGAUAAUUUUGAAAUUUAAAGUACUGCUUUGUUGGUACUCCUCCCAUUAAUAU